AUGCCAUCCCCCGAAUUCGACGCCGCUGCUGCCGCUGCCAACGCGUUUACUAAGAAGCCAAGUGAUGAUGAGCUGUUGAAGCUCUACGGCCUCUUCAAGCAAGCCACCGUCGGCGAUGUCAACACCGAUCGCCCGGGAAUGAUGGACUUCAAGGGAAAAUACAAGUGGGACGCAUGGAAGAGCGAAGAAGGAAAAUCGCAGGCCGAUGCUGAAGCUGAAUAUAUUGCCUACGUUGAAGGAUUGAAGGCCGGUUUUGCUUAA